UCCAUCCGUCCACUAGCCUCCUCCUCCUCCAGUCGUCUUGAUUAUUUCUCCCAAGAAAACUUAAAAAAAAUGAAGGGACUGUCGAUCUUGGCUCUGAUGAUGGCCGCCACCGCCUGUGUGCUGGCCCAAGAAGAAUCAAAUGAAGCUGCAAUGUUGGGCAUAGCGGACGAAACGGCCGUAGUCGACGAUAAAGCCGCCAGCGACGCUGCUGAAUUUAAAUGCGUCAAUUGCCACCCUCAUUGCCCUCCCAGUUGUGUUAAGCCUACUCCUCCCCAUUACAAUCACCACCAUCAUCCUUAUCACUGCCCUACCUGCCCACCCAGACCCACUUGCCCCACGUGCCCACCCAAACCCACUUGCCCCACCUGCCCACCUCCAAUUACCUGUCCACCCCCACACACUUGCCCUCCUCACCAUUGCCCAACUUGUCCUACUUGCCCCACACAUCCCCCUUGCCCCACUUGCCCUACCAAGCCACCUUGUCACACUUGUCCUACCCAUCCUACCCAUCCUACCCAUCCUACCCAUCCUACCAAGCCUCCUUGUACCACCUGCCCGACAAAGCCUCCCUGCCUCAAGCCUCAUCCCACUCUGAUCGGAGUCUGCCUGGAUGUGGAUAUCGACCUCGGCAAGUAAAAAGGA